AAAAGAAGAAGAAGGAGGAGAGAAAGUGAACAGAAACUAAAGAUGACCAUUUUAUACUAAUGGAUACACUCAAGCCCAGACCCUCCUAUCAGGGCCGGAUGACUUUCUCUGGGCAAUGAGCGAGCCUGUGGGCACAGCGUCCUCCCCACUUUAAACAUCACAUAUGAGCACCCUUGGAUACAUUUUUAUCGUCCAACAGCAAUGGAGGUGGCGGUAGUGCCGUCACGUGAUGCUGCUGGCAGGCUGAACCACAGCGAGUCUCAUAUGCAGGACACCCCGGCGGACCACAAGGGGUCAGCAGACAAACUCAAAUUCUAUACAUAUGCACAUCAGAGGCGAACAAGACAGAAAGUUGUGAGUGACUACGCGUCGAUGAGUAAGGGAGCGACAACAGCUGCCAAGCCUAGAGCUGCACUCAAACAAGUUUUUCUCAACCAGGGAGCGUCUGAUAGGAACCCAACAGCUGAGGAGCAGAGUCAGCUGGAUGUUCUCAAGCAGGGGCUGGAGGCCUUUGCUGUACCCGUCAGCUUGAAGUGGAGAUGGAGGGAGGAAAUUCGUGGAAGCACGUUGGAGAGGAACUGGACUGACAUUGUCCACUCUCACUCGAUGAUGUCUCGCAUGCAGAAGCAUCAGCAGGAAGCUCUGUGGGAGUUUGUGCACACUGAGCUCAGCUACAUCAACAGACUUUUCAUCAUCAAAGAUUUGGUGAUUGCAGCCCUGGUCAACUUGCACCUCCGUGGCUUCCUGCAGGAGGUGACCCCCACGCUGCUUUUCUCCAACCUCCCUGCCAUCCUCAGCGCACAUCAGCUGUUCUGGCAGGAAGUCAUUUAUCCCAUGUUAGAGGAAGUCCGUUCCACAGGCAAACCCUUUGACCCCAUGAGGUUAGAGGCUGGCUGCCUGCAUUUCCACGACCACUUCUCUCAGUACCACCAUUACUGUGCUGAGGAGGAGAACAGCAUUGAGUUUGCACGCAAUCAGAUGGAGAGCAACCCACAUUUCUUCACAUACGUCCAGUGGGUGGAGACUCACCCUCAAUGUCAGCGUAUGCGUAUCGGAGACAUGCAGGCCAAACCUCACCAGAGGAUCACCAAGUACCCCCUCCUUCUCAAGGCUGUCCUCAAAACCACCUUGGACCCUCGUGUGCAACGCAGCAUUCGCAGUAUGUUAUACAGUGUGAAUACUUUUCUAGACAGCAUCAAUGAACACCUGAGACUGAAGGACGAGGAGAUGGCGCUCUCCAUCUCCGCGCAGAGGCUGGAGGGGUAUGAGAUGGAGGGACUAAGCGAGGAAAUUGACAAGCAUGUCCGAGAUGUCUGUCAGUUCAAGCUGACUUGCCCCAUCCCAGGCGUCGGUUCCGGGGUGGUACGCAAGCUCCUCUUAGAGGAGAACCUGAAGGUCCGAGGUAGAAAAGACAGCAAGCUGGAGGUGGUGGCUCUGCUCUUCUCAGAUGUUCUUCUCAUGACCAAAGUGCAGAAGAAAGGCGAACACCUGAAAGUGGCACGACCUCCUUUAGCCCUUGACAGAACCUACUGCAUUGCACUUAAGGAUAACUGUUCUUUUCUUCUAGUGGAGGUGGGGGAGCUUUGCUGUCCUGUAAAUGCCUAUGUGUUUGCAACCAGCACCCCAGAAAGCUGCUCCACGUGGGUGUCUACCAUUAAUCAGGCAAAGGUGACGCUGGAGAACUUGAGGGAGGCGGAGACAGGAAGACACUUGGGGGCGAAAAAACCUUUGGUGGCCGAUGAGAAAGAUGGUCGUAUAGUUCAGGUGCUAAACGGUGCUGAUGCUGGGUAUCAGGAUUCUGCUAGAUUGUUGCACCAGAGAUUGGGCAUCAAGGAUCAUGGCUGGAGAGCAAGACAAAGUGAAGUCCAUCAAGAGAAGGUACUGAGUCAGUCUCUAACCUGGAAUCACGCUAAUCCACCCCCCACCACGAUGGUUGAAAAACAGAUUUCUGAAAAAGCCACCCGGCCACGUAGUCUCGUACCAGGCGGUUAUCCAGCUGUGGACUACCCAAUGGAUGACCUGAACACGGAACCAUCAAAAAAACACUUGGAAGGACAUUUCCAACCUGCUAACCAUUCCACAUGGAAAAAACACGAAUUGGGAGACAUUGCGUUUCCUCCUGAGACGAACGGACUCCACAAAAAUCUGAAGCUAUUACGCAAGAAUAAGCCAUUCAGCGCAAACCAAGACCCCUCUCCUCACAUGGUUCAAGGUUCAAAGCCACCAUGGUCAACAUCCAACAACUCCUCUUCUGACUCUGACUGCAGCGUGAGCACCAAUUCCCACCUGGUGCUGAAGCUCAGCUCCCUGAAGCCCACCCAGGGAACCUUUUGGACUACAAACAUCUCACCAGACCCUCAGACCUUCUCAGAACCUGAACUGAAGACUCUUAGCUUUAACGAUAAAAAACCUAGACUGAAAACCCAGAGGAGCGUUUCCAAUCCACACAUUGGAAUUCCAGAGGAAUCCUCCAGCAUGUCUACGCCACCAUCUCCUCUGAAGGAUCUUCUUGAAAGAGCCAAAGGGAGAACAAGAGACAAAGAUGGUUCAAAAAGCCACAAAAACGUACAUAUGGCCCAUUUAAAGCCCAAGUACCACCCUGCUCCGUCGCCAUUGCUGUCCACCUCUUCAUCUCCGUCCCCGAGUGACGGAGACAGAGACACGGAGUGGGAAGAGGGAGGAGAGGUGCAGCUGCUGCGGCACCGAGCCCUCACGGUGAGUCAAGGAUGGAGGGAGCAACUGGUGGACGGAGAGGACAAUGACAAGAUAGACAGCCCUCUAUUUACAAAUGGUGUCAACGUGGACUGGCCUGGCUGGUGCUUCGAUGACAAGGAGGUGAUGGACUAUUUGCAUCCUGGAGGCGAAGGAAUUCCGGACGAUAUCAGUCAGUCGUUGACGCUCUGUGAUCUUUCCGAGCAAGACUUGGGGCCGUGUAGUCAAGUGUAGUAAAGACACCGAGCUCAUAUUUUUUUUUGACUUGAAUGUAGUUUACAUAUAGAUCUGUGUUUUGUGUAUGUAACUUAUUUAUAUUGGCCAUUGUUUUGUGUACAUAUAUAGUUCUACUUUUUUAUUGUGUAGUGAAUAAAAGCAUUUACCACUCAACAUACAUACAUUACUGUCCUUCUUUAGCAAACAUUG